AUGGGCCCCGCCGAUUCUCCAUAUGCCGGUGGUGUUUUCUUUUUGUCCAUCCAUUUCCCAACCGAUUACCCAUUCAAGCCACCAAAGAUCUCCUUCACAACCAAGAUAUAUCACCCAAAUAUCAACGCCAACGGUAACAUUUGUCUGGACAUCCUAAAGGACCAAUGGUCCCCCGCUCUAACUUUAUCAAAAGUUCUAUUAUCCAUCUGCUCUUUGUUGACGGAUGCCAACCCAGACGAUCCUUUGGUGCCAGAAAUCGCUCACAUUUACAAGACUGAUAGAUCCAAGUACGAAGCUACAGCCAGAGAAUGGACUAAGAAAUACGCUGUAUAA